ACAAUGAGGAUUAUAAUCUGGAUCAUCGCGAGCACUUUCCUGUUCAGCGUCAUUUUUACGCAACGACAUCGAAGACCAGUUUUUACAUGUGGUGGGAACUUUACUGGAGACACAGGACUGAUUGGAAGUCAGGGGUAUCCCGGUGUCUACCCACCCAACAACAAAUGUGUGUGGAGAAUUACUGUUCCUCAAGGGAGGGUUGUCUCCCUCUUGUUCAGAGCUCUGGAUCUUGAGAGUGAUAGUCUUUGCAGAUAUGACUUUGUUGAUGUAUACGAUGGCCACAUCAAUGGGCAGCGUCUCGGCCGCUUCUGUGGUACCGCCAAACCCGGAGCGCUGGUCACCAAUGGAAACAAGAUGCAAGUGGUCAUGGUGUCAGAUGCCAACACAGCUGGGAGUGGUUUCCUUGCUGUAUACUCAGCGAUUCACCCAAAUGAAAGAGGUGACCGGUAUUGUGGGGGUCAUUUAGACAAACCCUCCGGGAUGAUAAAGACCCCUAACUGGCCAGAUAAAGACUACCCAGCAGGAGUAACGUGUUCCUGGCAUAUUGUUGCUCCUCAAGACCAGAUCAUUGAGCUGAAGUUUGAGAAGUUUGACGUGGAGAGAGACAGCUACUGCCGCUAUGACCAUGUGGCUGUGUUUAAUGGUGGAGAAAUGAACGAGUCACGGAAGAUCGGCAAGUUUUGUGGAGACAGCCCACCCAUGCCAAUUUAUUCUGAUGGCAAUCAUCUCUUCAUCGUGUUCCUGUCAGACCUGAGUCUAAGUGCGGAUGGAUUCAUCGGCCAUUACCGCUUUAAAUCACGGAGUCUCAGCACAGCCAGUGCCCCUCUCACCCCCAUGAGCACUAUCCCACCCACCACACCGCCCGCAGCUCUUACAUAUUCAGAAGGUCUUUGCAAACAGAAAUGCAAAAGGACUGGAACAAUUGAAAGCCAUUACUGCUCGAGCAACUUUGUGAUUACCGCCACCCUUAUCUCAGCAGCCAUGAGGGACCACAGCGUCCUCGCCACCUUCUCCAUCCUGCACCUUUAUAAGGAAGGAAGUUUAGCCAUCCAACAGGCUGGGAAGACCAUGAGCACCAAAGUCAGGGUCCUCUGUAAAAAAUGCCCUCUGGUCAGAAGAGGGCUUAACUACAUUGUCAUGGGACAGACAGAUGAACAGGGACAAGGUAUUGUGUCUCCUCAUAACUUUGUGAUGGCUUUCAAAACCAAGAAGCAACGGGAUCUGGGAGUGCUGAAGAAUAUACGCUGCUAA